AUGCACGAAUCUGACCGAGUGAUACAACAGUUAGGGUGUAUGCAACUUAUUUCGCCGCAAGCUCCAAAGUUCAAUGACCUAUACAAGAUCGAUAUGUGUGGGAGACUUGAUGAAUAUUGGGCAACAUUCCACAAGAAGUAUAUCGAGUUUUGGCAGUACAGGUAUGAUUACUUGCCAAAGCGUGAACCAUUUCUCAUGUCGAAGUUGGCAACAUCUUUGGAUUACAUGGAUUGGUUCAGGCAUCAAAGGAAGCCGUAUCUACUACUGGCUUCAGAAAGGAGUAGUGGGGCUCCACCCGCACCCUGCUCCCAUCUGAGGGGCCCGCCUGCACCAACCGGCUUCGUCAGAUUUUGGGGAUGGGGAUCUGAGGACGGUUUCGGUCGCGGGCCUUCGGCCCGCUCCCUUCACCGCCUCAGCCCCCAUCCUCUUAAAUCAACAGAAUCUCAACAAGCUAUUUGCGGAGAAGAAGUACGUGGAAAUGUUACAAUUCCAUCGCCAUUUGGAAUCCAUAGCCGCUGCUAUUCUCGUUCUUGGUUUAGAGUAAGUUGCAAACAGACCCACAAAGGGGAAAAGCCUUUCAUAAGCAUAAAUGGCAUCGAUCUGGAGCUACUUGUUAACUGUGAUCACAAAGGCGAGGUUGGUAGUUCCACUGUCAAUCGAACAGGCACUCCAUUUUUCUUCUCAAGUGACUACAACUAUUUCGGGUCCGUAGGUUGCGGAAAUUUGGCUACUAUUUUCAGUAAUGAAGCUGAUCCCCUUGGCGGUUGCAUUCAACCAAUAUGUGGCGACGGGGCUUCUGAAUCUGGCUGUUAUAAUAGAAUUUCUGGAAAUUUCACUUCCAAUGUUGUGAACAUGACAGCCAUGUAUCCUACUGGUAAGGAUGACGACAAGAGAUGCGCAUCUGCGUUCAUCUUUAGCAGGCUCUAUUUUCGUGAAGAUUACCCUUUACCCAUUGGCAUCCAUAUUGAAACCACUCAUGUUCCCGCAACGCUCAGCUGGAAUUCAACCUAUUGCGGUGAUGCAGGAUGCGAACUAGGACCAGGACCUAUCAACUUCAGUAGUAAGGACUCUUGUGGGAAUGUUACGUUUCAAUACCCAUUUGAAAUAAUCCACCAACAUUAUCCCAAUGGCUGGUUCAGAGUAAUCUGCAACAAAACCUCCAAUGGGAGGAAAAUGCCAUUCUUAAACAUAAAUGGCAUCAAUCUGGAAAUACUCCACUUCUCAUUUUUGUACGGCAACGUUGUGGUGAACCAUUCCAUAACUUAUUUCAAUUGUCGCCAAAACAAUAACGAUGGGAUGAGUCUCAACCUAACAGGCACCCCCUUUUACUACUCAGAUUUCGACAACGUAUUCUGGUCUUCAGGUUGCGGUAAUUUGGUUACUGUUUUCGACAAUGAAAAAGGUAAUCUUGUAGAAGAGUAAGGAGACUUCCGCUGCUACUGGCUGCCCUAUUAAUAUUCCUCAAGGUCUCUUGCGGAUUUGCUUCCUUGGUAAAAUCAGACUUGUAUUUUGAUUUGACCUUAGAGUCGAAUGAUUUUAAUGUAAAUAAUUGGACGUAUGUUGCAACAUCACUGCAAUGGAGCACACCCAUAUCUGGAUUGUGCCAUUUGAGACAAGGUCUAAACACUACUUGUAGUUCCGAUCGUGAAUAUUGCUGGCAACAAGGAUUUCGGUAUCGGUGGUUUUUCUACGUUUUGCGAAGGAGAGAAUUGCGGGAUUUAUAAUUGGUGCCACAUACUUUGUUUGAAAGCUCCUGGCAACUAUUGUUCCACACACUACUGCCCUCCUGAAUAUGAAUACAAUAGUACCGCAUUUAGGUGCGAGCCCAAAAAAGUUAUUUCCCUACUGCCAACAAAAAACACUCGCAACUUGACAAUCACUAUUAUAGGUUGCGGCACUAGUGUUGGGACAAUGUUUCUGCUACUUGGAACAUGGCGAAUGUACAAAGUAUUCAAAAGAAAAAAGGACACCAUGCUCAAGCAGAAAUACUUUAAAACAACAACAUUUGUCUAGCAAUGG